AUGGUCCUCAAACUUGACAGGGUGAAAAGCAUGGACGGGCGAUGUGCGACAGUUUUUGCAGCCGCUGCGGCAAUAGGAGCAAGUUUUUACGUAUUUUUGGCUCCUGAUGGCAAGGAAAAGAAAAAAUCCAGGCGGGAUCGCCCUCCAGGUCUUGUCAAUCUUGGCAAUACUUGUUUUAUGAAUUCUAUAUUACAGGGAAUUGCAUUCUUACCAUCAUUUAUGGCAUGGUUAGAAGAUUUUUCUGUUGAUGAUGAUGGAAAAACUUUCUCAAGUUUAGGAAAAGAGUUGAGAACACUAGUUACUGCUCUAAACACUGGCUGUUUUGAAGGAGAUGAUGUCAUUAAUCCUGAUUUUGUAUUAAAUGCUCUUGGGUCACAUGGUUGGGUCAUACCUACAGACCAGCAGGAUGCCCAUGAGUUCUUCCAUGUACUUUCUUCAACUCUUAAUGAUGAAAUGGGAGAUCUUCCCAAUGUGAUGGACCUCAGUGAUAUUGCGAUUAUAGAAAAAACUGAUGAUUCCAUUGACGACAACAAAUCCAUGGUACACAGAAACAAAGUCCCUCUCAGUAGAAAAUGUAAAAAACUUCAUUUACCAUUUCAUGGCUUGUUGGCAAGUCAGUUGGUGUGUAAGCAGUGUGCUACCAAGUGUCCCGUCAAGUUUGACAGUUAUGACAGCCUGUCACUUAGUCUACCAACAACUUUCCAGAAGGGCUUGAGAUUAGAGGAUCUUCUGCGCAGAUUUGUGUGUUCAGAGACAGUGGAUGCUGUGGAAUGUCAUGGAUGUCAACAGCGACAAAACACAGAUGACUCGACCAGCUCUAUUCGCACGACUUUUAUUAAGCGACUUACUCUUGGAAAACUACCACAAUGUCUCUGCUUCCACAUUCAGAGGACAUAUUGGCAUUCUAAUGGGAUUCCAUUCAAAAAUAACUCAUUCAUCAAGUUUCCAGAGUUCCUUAACAUGAAGCCCUUUUUAUAUGAGCCCUUAGACUCAGACAACUUUCCCAAAAAAGACCAAGGGAAGGAACAUCCCAGUAAGAAGUUGGGUUCCCUGACAAAUGGAGGCCUUCAACUUUCAGCAGCCAAUGGAGGAGAUUUUAAUGAUUAUUUGGAUGAACUGGUUACAUCCUUUGCAAAUGCAGGCAAAAAGAGUACAAGCCAGGCAGUUUUCAAGCUGAUGGCAGUUAUUGUUCAUAUGGGAACUGUUGAUGAUGGCCAUUAUAUUACUUAUCGCAGAUUUGAAUUGCCACAGGGCAAUGAGCAGGGUUCAAAAUGGCUUUACACAUCUGAUGAACUAGUGGAGGUGACUUCACGAGAUCAAGCUUUAUCAAGUUGUGCUUACAUGCUUUUCUAUGAGCGGGCUAAUAGGUAGCAUGAUUAUUUCUAUUAAAAUCAAAUGAUGAAAUAAUUGUUCAGCAAUGAUGCUGUGCUUCAUGCAAGUAAAACACAUUUGAUCAGAAGGAAUAGCCUGAAUGCUACCAAUAUGUCACAAGAAAGAACAAGUUAACAUCCUCACUGUGUAGAGUGUAAUAACUUUAAUGGGUAGACAAGACAAUUUGUUAUAAUAUCUAAUUACAAUCAACAACUAUUUUCAAAGUGUUUCUAUGACAAACUAUAUCCAAUAUGUUUUAACUACAAACAGCAUAACAUAUAGUUCUAAUUCUUCAAAAGGUUUGCAGCAAAAGGUUAAAAAGGAAAGUAGGUUGAAUAUUAGCAUAGUUUGAUUGCAGUUUGAGAAGUUCUUGAUGAAACUUGGACAAGAGAAGCCUUUUGUUAUUUCAACAGUGAAGCCAUUGACAUGGUAAAUUUUCUCCUUAAAUUCAGUACACAGAUACUUUUUAGGAAAUUUUUAUCUAGAAAAAAUGUAACAAAUGGAAUGAUCUCAUCCAAAUGAACCUGUGUGCACAAAAUUGGCAUAAAUCUUCAAACAUCACAUUUCUAAAGGAAAAGUAUUUAUGUCUUGUUUUGUUGGAAACUUGUUCUAUUGUUCUACAAAUUAAUGCCAUACGUUUAUGGCAAAAGCAAAAGGUACUGUCCUUUCCAGACACUGGCUUAGACUUCAAAUGUCCCACUAUGCCUUGGGUGGUAUUGCCUCAGCUCCAUGCUGUACUCCACCUAGUGCAGUGGCAGAGUACUGGGGUGGAGGAUAGUGGCCCAUUGGGGCUGCAGCAUUCUGUGCAGGAUAUUGUCCAGGUUGAGCCAUAGGGUACUGGACUGGGUAGCCCUCUCCAGUGUACUGAGGGGCAGUGUAGACCACAGUAGACUGGGUACCGGAUGGCUGCUGGACUACAACAACUGCUCCAGGCUGCUAUAAUGAAUAGAAAUGAAAUAGGGAACUGGACAUUGUAGUUUCAACGGAGAUGCUCAUGAGAUAAGAACUCCAUUAAACCAUUACUAGCAAAAACAGUCAUUAAAGCAUGAAGUAAACUGAUUAAUAGUAUUCGCUCAUUC